CGGUCCCUCAUGGCGGCGGGGUGGCCCGGCAGGCCGGCGGGGCUAGGUGGCCAUGGAGCACAUCAGCACCCCAAAGGUCGAGAACGUGAAGUUGCUGGAUCGCUAUGCGAACAGGAAGGUGGCCAACGGGACGUUGUAUCUGACAGCCACGCACCUGAUCUACGUGGAGGCUUCUGCUGAAGUCAGGAAGGAAACAUGGAUCCUGCAUCACCACAUUGCAAGUGUGGAGAAGCUGCCCCUGACCACAGCUGGGUACCCCCUGCUCAUCCACUGCAAGAACUUCCACGUGGCUCACUUUGUCCUGGGGCAGGAGCGGGACUGCCACGACGUGUUCACCUCCCUGCUCAAGCUCUCACAGCCAGUGAAACCUGAAGAACUUUAUGCUUUCUCUUACAAUCCUAAAAUGUCUAAAGAGAACCGGGAAGUUGGGUGGAAACUAAUUGAUUUAAAACUGGAUUACCAGCGCAUGGGAAUUCCAAAUGGCUACUGGGAAAUAACGGAUGUUAACAAGGACUACGAGGUUUGCAGCACAUACCCUCCAGAAAUUGUGGUGCCUCGAGCUGCCUCCAAGGCAGUGGUGAUGGGAAGUUCAAAGUUCAGAAGCCGAGGGCGGAUUCCGGUGCUUUCUUACUUGUUUAAGGAAAACAAUGCUGCCCUGUGCCGCUGCAGUCAGCCCCUGGCCGGGUUCAGCGCACGCUGCCUGGAGGACGAGCAGAUGCUCCAGGCCAUCCGAGAGGCCAACCCCGGGAGCCCCUUCAUGUAUGUUGUAGACACAAGGCCAAAGUUGAAUGCCAUGGCCAACCGAGCUGCUGGGAAGGGCUAUGAGAACGAGGACAACUAUGAGAACAUCCGCUUCAAAUUCAUUGGCAUAGAGAACAUCCAUGUGAUGAGGAGCAGCCUGCAGAAACUCCUGGAAGUGUGUGAAAUGAAAUCCCCCUCCAUGAGCGACUUCCUCACUGGGCUGGAGAACUCAGGUUGGUUACGGCACAUCAAGGCUGUCAUGGAUGCAGGUGUCUUCCUUGCCAAGGCUGUGAGGGAGGAGAAGGCCAGUGUGCUGGUGCACUGCUCCGACGGGUGGGAUCGCACGGCCCAGGUCUGCUCCCUGGCUGGGCUCCUCUUGGACCCCUUCUACAGGACCUUCAAAGGCUUCAUGGUUCUGAUAGAAAAGGAGUGGAUUGCAAUGGGCCACAAGUUCUCCCACAGGUGUGGCCACUUGGAUGGGGACCCCAAGGAGGUGUCCCCCGUGUUCACCCAGUUUGUGGAGUGUGUCUGGCAGCUCAUGCAGCAGUUCCCCUGCUCCUUUGAGUUCAAUGAGAAGUUCCUUCUGGAAAUCCAUGACCAUGUUUACUCCUGCCAGUUUGGCAACUUCCUUGGGACCUGCCACAAGGAGCGUGAGGAUCUCAAAAUCUUUGAGAAGACCCAUUCUCUGUGGCCUUUCCUCUUACAGAGGAAGCAGGAAUUGAGAAAUCCUUUGUACAGAGGGUUUACAGCUUACAAAGAGCUUCAACCAAACACACUGCCUUUCAGUUUCCAGUUUUGGUGUGGGAUGUACAAUCGCUUUGACAAAGGGAUGCACCCAAAACAGUGUGUGUUGGAUCAUCUGCUGAGCUGCAUGAGCCAGAAGGUGCAGCUGGAGGAUGAUGCAUCUGAACUGGAAAACAAACUUCCUUUCCUUGACGGUCCUUUGCCCGGUGAAGCUUCCUCCUUCCCCAGAGCAGGACAUGCUGCUCCCAAAGCCCCCGUGCCCAGUACUCCUCAGGACUAUGGAGGGGCAGCACCCCCUGUGCUGAGCAAUGGGACCUCCCCUGGGGCUGGGGGCUCAGCUGUGGACCAGAAGCACAAAGAGAACCUGUCCCACCACCACCAGGAUCUUGGUGCCACCACGGAGGUGUCGGACGGGAAUGCUCAGCACCGGCGAGGAGCUCUGGGAAUACUCAGCACCAGUGAGGACCUCUGAACUGUUGGGUGAAGCAGGCUCUGGUGGGGUGACCCCACGGGGUGCAGACCCCCCAUUUACAGCUGAGUGUGAGUACAGGGUGUGCUGGGGGAGCAGGUUGGGUUUGGGACACAUCCCUGUGCAGCUGGAAUGAUGCAGAGCUGCCCUGGAGGCUCCUGGAGCUCGUGUAAACUCGGUUUUUGGUGGAAACACGUGUGUUUUUAAGGUUUGUGGCUGCCUGCCAGCACUGGUGUUUGAAGCUGGAAGAAAUCCUGGCCAAUUAAUGCUGAGAGCUGGGCAGUGUUUGUAACCAGAGGAGAGAGGAUGCAAUCUGUCUGUGCUCAGUGCUGGUACAAGGUCAUCUUAAAAUGAUCAAAAAUUCCAGUUCACUUUAAAAUGAUAAAAAAACCCCCACUCUUUCUUAGCUGUGAAUGACUCUCUGCAUGGACCCUCACCUUGUAGCAGAACUGACUCAGUUUUUGUUUCCUAUGCAUUUUUGUUACACAAAACCUGUGCCUUUUUCUGAGGUUGCUGUCAUGUCCAGCCACACCAUGUGCUGUUUUUAUUAUUGUAGUGUAAACUGUAGUGUUGGGUCUUUGUAGUCAGUAUUUCUAAGGAGGUUUUUACCUGCUGCAGCCUCCCCAGGAUCUUUGCUGAUCCCCCUGAGUUCAGUAGCUUCUUUCUAAGCUGAACUCUCGAAGAAUAAGUUCGUAUGGACCUCAUUUACUGCAGCAAGCCAGAGUCAGCCUGUAACACAUGGAUUUUUGACCAGAGGAAGGAUUAGAAAUGAGGAAAGAUAGGAAAACAUUUCUGUGGAACUUUUCUCUCUUAUUUUAUGGUCUUGGUUAAGCUGAAGACAGUAACUCUGUUUUAAGCUGGGAUCAAUGUGCUUUCCCCAUGUCCACUGAUGAGGCAGCAAUUAGAGAUGAGCUGUGUUCUCUUAUUGAAAUGGGGCCUAAAAUGAUUUUAUCACUUGCUGAGUGAUUACAGGGAAUGUUAUCUUGGGUGUUAAAGUUACAUGGACUGUUGGGAUGUUUUGUCUGUACCAUCAAGAUGUGGUGAGAUGAACAGUGUCUCUCGUGGCAACGAACUUGGUAAUUUUGUGACAAAAGGGGAAUUGGGAUGUGAGCCCUCAUUGGAACAUGAAGUGAAUAUAAACACCUUGGGACGUGGCUGUGGCUCCAGGGCUUGUUAACAGUACUUGGAGUCUUCCAUGUGCUGGAACCUCAACUGGAGAUACAGUUCAAAGUUGCAGGUUUAAAACAGAGAUGUGUAUUGCAUCUAUAGAGAAACCCUGUAAAGAAACGAGGACUUUUUUUCCCCAAGGAAUGGAUGUCCCUGCCACAAAUGAGUGUCUGAAGGUCCCUCAAAGAACCCCCAGCAAAAGCAGGUUUCAUGGAACAGUGGAAGUGCGACCAAGUUCAUUGGCAAGGUUCACUCUACUGCUUCAUACACGGUUAAAGUACACGUAGAAAAAGCAAACUAAAAGAGAAAAUCAAUCAUUGUAAAACCAAAACCAACCAAAAAUUAUCCACCUGGAGGCUGGGGAUGGAAAAGAGUCAGGAUAAGAAGGAAUAAGGGAGAGCCUCCUGUGGAGGCACAAGGUUCAGAGUAGACCACACUGCCAAACUGAGCUCUGGGCUUGACCAACAGUUUAGGCCUAAAGGUUUCGUGGAAUCAUAAGCAGCACUUAAACUUAACAGCACUGAAUCCAUAGCUGGAGGUAAACAAUUUACAAAAGGAUUCCUGGAGGAUUUACUAAAAGCACAACUCACUUGGAGGCUGAACUUCUUACAGCUCUAAAGUACUUAAGAAUCCAGGAGAGCAACAUUCCCAGUCCAUUUGCUGUGGCAUCCCACAGCCCUAAAGGAGUGUGUACAGGUAUAUCCCUGGGAAAAAAUCCCCUGAAAUUCAGUGAAGGACUCGUGUUGGAUGCCUUUGCAUGUUCUCAGCAGGCAAAGGUUUGAGGUUUCAGCCCUGGCUCCUCCAAGUAGAGCAAACUUGAGAGUUUUGUGGCUCUGAGAGGUGUCCUGCUCCAAGGGAGAUGCUGGUGCAGCCACCUGUGGUCUAGGAGAGCUCCAAGGGUCUCACUCAGGACCCCUGAGUUGGCUUUAAUCACAGUCAUUUUCCAUCCUGGCCACAAUUUGGGUCAAUAACGUUCUUUGCAAGAUAGAUAAACAAUGUUUAAAAAUCAAUAAAAAUGUUGUUCUACUUGUUCAGGCAAGAAAAAUCAGUUUCCAAUCAGUUGGUUAAAAACCAGGAGCUCAUUAUCCAGCAGAGUUCCUGGGAACAGACUGUUUUUGAUGAGCUCAAGAGCUCAGCCCAGGUGCUGUUUGUCAAGGCCAAGGCCUAAGGAGCAUUUCUGAGAUCACAGCGUGGCCUGGGAGAGGUGGAGGAUGUUCCACUUCCAGGAAAACUGUCCCACAUUCCAUGUUCUGGACAAGCUUCUACAGAUGUGCUUAAUUGCAAAGAGUCCCUUUGUGCAGUUAAUUCAGGAUGCUUUUCUGCUUGCUCUUGAAACUGUUGUUUAGGUGCUGCUGUUAAGUUUUAAAAUCAGUUUUUCUCUUUUAUGAAGCAAAUAUUGAAGUGAGCCUUCCCAAUGUCCAGUAAGAAGUAGAAACAUUCCAUUAUAGCAUCAUAAAAUGCAAUAUCUGCCCCUUAUUGUGGUGAAAUCACUGGGUGAGGUUUGGUCUUCAAGAUAAAGUAGAAAAAAAACAACCAAACACUCCCCUGAGUGUCUCACUUUGGGUAAGAAAAUAUCUAUUUUAUUAAGCGUAUCAAAAGACUUUAAAAGGGCAAGAGCCAAGAACACAGAGUUCCUUCACUGCCUGGAAUGGCAAAGAGGAAGUUUUUUAAUAUUGGGGGGUUGUCAGUCAUAAAGCAAAUAAUAGAGUUGUUUUCAAGGAAGGAGUGGGAGCUGAAAUGAUUGAUUAAAAAGUGAUUGAUUAAAAACCAAGCACAUGAAAUGCUGCCCCAGCUAUGACUUACAGAUCAGCCCCUGUCUCUUCUUUCCAGGUGGUACAAGAAUGUACCGGCUUCUUGGAGAAAUCCCAAAUGGGAAAUGAGGCCCAGAAAGGCAUUUUUUUAGGACCAAGUAUUCUAGAGAUCAUCAGUUCUUUUAAUAUCUUUAAUAUCUCUGAUUUUCAUUAGAGAUACAGAAUUGUAGAGGGUUUUGACUGACUCCUGAAGGUUUUAGACAUGCCAUUGAUUAAUUAUUGUGUAAAACCAGCUUGCAGGAGGAUUCGGUAAAUGUUUACACGUUGCCUUGUCUUUGGAAUUGCCACAGAUUACCUUGAGAAAGUUUAAUUAUUAUUAAUUAUUCCUGAUCUCUACAAAUCCUCUUGACUACAAUGUUACUACGGGGGUGUGUAACCACCACCAGAUCACUUCAGACCCUGCAAGUGUUAGUAAGCUUGUAGUAACCUUGCUGCUUUCGACUUCAGUGACAGAAAAAUGGCUGACUUUAUACUUGGAAAUGCAAAAAUUCAUGUCCUGUCUUUUUAAACCUCUUGAAUUUAAUGUGUACAGACUUGGUCAAACCUGCAGUGUAUUAAAAAUCAUUCAUGCUGGUGCUGUAAUUUAUGGAGCUGGAAAAGAUUCCAGGCUUUCCUGGUUUUCCAUGAGUUUAUUGGUUUGAAAAGCCAUUAGCAAGAAGCUUUUUAGUUUUGAUGGUAACUCUGGGGUGCUUGAAGACCAGAAAUGAAGGUCAGGUGGGAUCUCCUUCCUGAAGCAUUCCAAGAAGCCUAUGUUCCCUCCUCAUGGAACGCCCUGCUGACUUGAUUCUCUGUUUCCUGGAAGUGUUAAAGGAGUGGAAAAGCUGUUACAUAGGAAUCUGCUUCAGCAAGCCCUGUAUGAGAGUUACUGUGACUUAUUUAUUCCUAGUGGAGCUUCCCUGCAUCCUGAGGUCAGAAAUCCUGCUUUUAUUUGGAGCUCUUGAGUCAACAAUGCAACUUCCUUCCAUUUGGAUUCCUCUGACUGGGAGAACUGGGAGGGAGGAGGGAUGUGGUUUGCUGUGGGUGGGCUCUGUUUGUGUAAAGCCGGUCCUUUUCUGGAGCUCCUCUGGCUCCACCAGGUCCCUCCAAAGCUUCCCCAGGACCCUCCUGCCUGUGCUCAGUGUCCCUCCUGCUACAACCAGGUGUAACCUUGUAGUAGGUCACAUUCUAUGUUAAAACUACUACUUUGAAGUAGAAGAGGGACCUGUGGAACUUCAUUUCUCAGUUGAAAUGUCUUAAUGUGAACUUCAUUCUGGUGGAUCCUUAAACUGUGUUUUGUUUUGCAGUUGGCAGAGAAAAUGCAAUGGGUGCUGUUUGCUCUGCUG